CGCUUAGGCAGUAUACAGACCUCCGUUCGCAAAUACCUCCCAAUCUCGAAAAGGAAGCGCCAAGUGUACGUCACCUUACAUUACCGUGAUAAGUUCUCCCUCGGACAGCGACUGGGCCCUGCAGCAUACCACUGGGGACUUCUCAUCAAAUACCCUGCCGGCAACAGUUGCAACGCUUACGAUGUUACCGACGCGAUUGAUCUUGACCCUAUCACUGGCGAAGACCGCAAUCUGGAACGAAAUUGGUUAUUCAGGGUGAAAGAUAAUGUUGACAUGCUGCAAAUCAGCCGUCUCGUUGGGAUGGGUGAUGAUUGGCAAGGUGCCGAAUGAGAUUACAGAUGGAGAGAUACAGGCGCAUCUUGAUUCAGUCCCGUUACCCAUUAAGGAUGCCGUGCCAGAACAGAACUGCGUUAGCUGGACGAGGGAUGCGAUUCAGAAGCUUCAGGCACAGGGCAUCGCAGAAAAUUUUGAUAUCGACCAGUUCGUUACGGAUGCGCUCGCUUUUGCGGACGAGUGUCUGAAGAAACCCAGUCAGACUCCAACAACCGGCUCACGAACCAUCAAUUACACUCGUCGACCAAUGUAGGUCAUGGGAAUAAGAUGACUCCGGACUCACUGCGGAAGAGAUCGGGUUCAAGACAAAGGAGGCU